CCAUUCCUUUUCGCUAAAACAAGAAGAAAACAUUACUAGCGGCCGUAAAUAACAGGGACUGCCGUCGUCGUUUCGCUGCUGCUCACUACUUUCUUCACUGCAAGUUGCAACAGUUGGUGGGUUCGGGUCUUGUUGUUAAAUUUGCUGUAAGCGUUUUAGAUAACGUAUUACACUAAAAGGCUGCUGUUAGCCGUGUUCUGUGUGCAAUUGUGUGUUAUUUUGUCAAGUAAAGUUUUGUUUUUAAAACCAGCAUCAGUCAUCCCAAAAAAAUGGCAGCACUUACGAAAGGAGUCUUCAUUGUGGCGGCCAAGCGUACCGCUUUCGGCACCUUCGGUGGAGCGUUCAAGAACACCAACGCAACGCAGCUGCAGACGGUAGCGGCAAAGGCGGCCCUUGAUGCGGCCGGUCUCAAGCCUGACCAGGUCGAUUCCGUAAACAUCGGCCAGGUGCUGGUACUGUCGUCGACCGAUGGUGCGUUCCUACCCCGGCACGUAUCACUCGGCUGUGGCAUACCGAUCGAACGACCAGCGCUCGGUGUGAACCGUCUGUGUGGAUCCGGUUUCCAGGCGGUCGUUAACGGAGCACAGGACAUUCUCGUCGGUGCUGCUCACAUUUCACUUACCGGUGGAGUGGACAACAUGUCCCAAACACCGUACACGCUGCGUAACAGUCGGUUUGGCAUUCCGCUCGGAACUAGCCCAGCGCUGGAGGAUGCCCUAUGGACCGGUCUAACCGACUCGUACUGCAAACUCCCCAUGGCACUGACGACCGAAAACUUGGCCGAAAAGCACAAGAUCCCGCGCGAAAAGGUGGACGAGUUUGCGUACCGUUCGCAGCAGCUCUGGAAGAAGGCCAACGACGAGGGCGUAUUUAAGACGGAAAUCACCCCCUUCAAGCUAAAGGUUAAGGUAAAGGAGGUUGACUUUGCGGUCGACGAACAUCCGCGCCCGCAGACGACGCUCGAGGGAUUGGCGAAGCUUCCAACGCUGUUCAAGAAGAACGGUGCCGUCACCGCGGGAACUGCUUCGGGCAUUUGUGAUGGUGCUGCAGCGGUUGUUGUGGCGUCGGAGGAAGCGAUCAAGAAACACAACCUGACACCGUUGGCACGACUGGUGGCGUACAGUACGGUCGGUGUACCGCCGGAGAUUAUGGGCAUCGGUCCGGUACCGGCGAUUCGGAACGUGCUGAACGUGGCCGGACUGAAGCUCGACGAUGUGGAUCUGUUUGAGAUUAAUGAAGCGUUCAGCGCGCAAACGUUGGCUUGCGCCCAGGAACUCGGACUCGAUAUUAACAAGCUGAACCUGAACGGUGGUGCAAUUGCGCUGGGUCAUCCGCUUGGUGCUUCUGGAUCGCGUAUUACCGGCCAUCUAGUGCACGAGAUGAAGCGAAAGAACCUCAAGCGGGCUGUCGGAUCGGCAUGCAUUGGGGGAGGACAGGGUAUCGCACUGCUGCUGGAGUCCGUCUAGAAACCGCUAACAUCACCAUCAACCUAUCCAGGAAGAGCAAUCGAAAACGUACCUCAAGCAAAGUGUGUUUAUUUUUUUUGUAGCAAAACAGCAGGUUGAAAAGAUUGUGAACAAACGUUUUUGUGUAGUAUUUUUAAGAAUCUUCAACGAGUAAAACAGUGCAUUUUUGUCUAAACACUCCA